GUAGCAGCAAGAGCUGGAAUGGCCUCUGAGGAAUGCAGUGAUGUCCAUCAGUCACCUCUCAUCCAGAGCCUGACAAAUUCAUUCUCUUUCACAGAACCUAAAGCCAAGCCAGGUUCAGUGGGAAAUUCCACCUCUCCAAACACUGUGUGAGACACCAGAAGUAGAGGCCUGCAAGCUUGCUUCCUCCAUCUCUAGUGCCUAGAUGGGGCAGGUCACCAGCCUCCUGUGCCUACACCCACCUUCCUUGCUUGCUGUGCCUCUCUUAUCCCUGCAAUCCAGACAGCACAAGCAGCAGCUCAAAUGUGAAAAACAAGACCCAGAGAGAGGAGAUCAUUUGAAUCCUGUUCUGGAAUUGCUUUGUGUUCCUGGAUUUGGAGAAUUUCUGGGAACACAGGAAGAGGAAAGAUUCCUAGAAAUGAAGGAGGAGUCUGUGGCCAUGAAGCCAGCUCCAUUCCUGGCCACCUCCAUUCCUGGCCACCUCAUCCCCUCCAGUCUGAGAGGACAUGGCCCAGCUCCAGAAGCAGACCCAGAAUGGUAUCCUGAGACCCAGACCCUAGCCCCUCUUCAUGGAAGACGAGUGCAAAGGAGAAAAUAGGAUAGGGAAUGGUAAGCCUCCAUGUGAUGUGACUAAUGUGGAGAGGGAGGGAGAGGCCUAGGGUCUUUCCCUGAGGACUGGAUGGCUGGAGUUUGGGAGCCUACAUUGACAGAGGAGGCUAAGCCUGGGCAGCUGCUUUGUUCCAGAAAUCUAAGGUCCCUGGAGGGAGGCUCAGCUUGGGGAGGGAGAAGGGAGCUAACAUUGCAGAGUACCAACUGUGAGCCAGGUGCAAUGCCAGAGCCUUUCCAUACCUGUACUCAAAACUAGCAGAUGAGGAGUUAGGGCGAAUAGGUGUCUCAUGAGCUUCCUGUAUCUUAGCACAGUCGACCACUUCCUUUGAUUCUGUGAUGUCUCUGCCAGUUCUUCUCCUUCCGCUGGUCUUUGUCUGUGUCCUUUGCAAACUCAUUCUCAACUCCUUAGACUCAGUCAAGUCCCCCACUUACACACUUCCAUGGUACUAUAUAUCCUUCUUCAGAGCACUUAGCACAGUUAGUUCCUAUGUGUUUGUCCAGUCAUUUGAAUAAUGAUCUAGCUUCAUUGGAUGGAAAGUUCCACAAGGUCAGUGACCAUUUCUAUCUGUGUUCACCAGUGUGUUCCCAGUGCCCAGAAACAGUGCCUAGCAUAAAGCAGCUGUUUGGUAAAGACUUGUUCUAUGAAUGAAUAAUUUACAAAAGAACAUCUCUCUGGCCUAAACUCCCUUCUUAACCACUCCCUCACCCUGAGUUCACCUACCCCAAUGUGUGGACCAGGGAACAAGGUACUGGGAGAUCAGGCCACCUCGUUCUCCCUCAUCAGGACCAGUCCUAGUUUCAGGGUGUGGGGCCAUUGCUGUGCCAGAGCCUGGUCCUGCCUGUCUGCUCUUCAGCUUUUCUAGGGAUUGAGAGAAUUCAAAGACUCAACAGUUUUUCCCCACAUAGGGACCUGAAAUCAUUCAUGUGAGCUGGAAAGGGAGGGGAGUUCCAUCAGAGAAAGGUGCUCUGAAGAAUAUCCUUUUUUUUUUUGCCUUGCUGAGACUGCAGAGACCAUCUGCUGCCACCCCUCUGUUUGCUUCUGUCCUCUUACCCUGGACUUCAGGGAAAGAGAUGGUUAAACCAGGUAGGAGGGAUAGGCAGUUUACCAGAUGCAGGACAGGCUGCUUGCUCCUAAAAAUGUCUGGGGAGCUGGGUGAUGAGCCUUGGCCAGGUGAUUGGAGAUGAGGAACACAGAAUCCAGGAACAGCCAGUCCUUUGGGUCUGCACUCUCUAGACCCUGGGAAGCAGGGGGUAGAUGAAAUGACCUCUGUGAGGUAUACAGCCUCCAGCCAGGGCUUUAUCUGACUCCUUUGCUGCCCUUGCCAUCUGACCUCAGUGUUCCCAAAUUAUAGAGAGUUAAAGUUAAGCCAAGCGUAGUAGCUCCUUGCUGUCUGUGGCUACUCCCCAUUCUUAACCUUGGACAAGCACACAGUUAGUUGCCAAUCUCCCAGCCCAGAGCAUCUCUUCAUCCAGCUAGCACCAAUACCCAGUGCUCACAGGGGCCUCUCAGCCCCCUUAUCCUAACAGUGCCCAUCAGCACCCCGGUAUCUGGGGUCAUGGAUCUUGGAAGGCACUCUGGGCAGUGUUAGUUUCUCUGACCCCACCUGUUCUCUGGGCCCUAAUGAAGCAGGACAACUCAGGCUUCAGGCCAAGUCCUUGUGUCCUUAUCAAAGACAACAUCUGUCCCCUCUAAGAAGAUAAUCCCUUGGGGGAGGAGGGUGAGACAGGCACAAGGGAGAAAUCCUGAUCUUGCCUGGGCCCUCACCCCAAAUUCCACUGCAGGCAUAGAUAGUGGUGAAAGUUAAGACAACCACAGAGGCACUCACACACAUGCUCCACGUGGGCCUUCAUGCCUCUGAGCCCCCACAUACGAAAGCCUCUCCUAGGCUCACCCAGCUACCUGGGCUGCUGCUGCUGCCAAGCGGCCUUCUUUUAUUCAUGCGUUGUUUUAUUGCUGGCAAAUGCUGCUGCUUGCUGCUGUUGGAGGCGUUCCUGCCAAAUCCAUCCCAACAUCUUGGCCUGGCAUCAGGGCCGCAUGCUAAUGUGGAAAUUUAAAGAGCCGCUCGGCUUUAAAUCGGAAUUUUAAAUGAGCAGCAGUGCUCCGAGGGGACCUGGGCAAAAUCAAACAGUAUCUGAUGCACCCUUCCUCCUCCCACACCCACAGCAUCACCCAAGUUCCUUCCUCCUUUCCCUUUGAUUUGAAUAUUAGAGGAGGUAUUGGCAUGGGACACACUAGGGGAAGAGGGAGGUACCAGGGUAGAGGAGUUUGUUCAAGAUGGGGUCAUCUGGACUAGUGAGGAUCACUCAGGACCAAGAAUGGAUCUACUGCUUGCUGCCAUAGGCAAAUGGCCAAAUGGAAGGUGUUCCACAAGGGAGAAGGGCUAGAGGUGAUGAAACUGAAGUUACUCCCUCACUUCCCAUUUUACCAGGAAACAAGAAGAGAAGGCCUGCUCUGCAGAGAAGAGGGAAGAGGGAAGGUGGAAUUCCAUGAAGACACUCAUAUACAACAUACACUUGUUGCCAAUGGGACAUGUGCACACAGCUGUGCAUCCAGGCUGGGAUGAGGUCUCUGCAGCACACAUGCACAUAGCUCACACAUCACCCAUGGAUGGAGAGGAAUUACCUGCACAGCGAAGUCAGUCUUUCUUUCCCUAUCCAGGCCACUUUUGUAACCCUAGAGCGAGCUGACUUCUGCAGGUUGCUAGCCUGAACUGUGCCACAGGUUUUUCCACGGAUCCUAAUUUCCCAGCUCCUGGCAGCUGCUUGAGUCAGCCAUGGUGAUGGAGCUCUGCAGCUCUUCUGCCAGGAUGGGGACAGGGAGAACCUGAGGUCAUCCUGUGCACCUGUCUUGGCCACAGUGUGGUGCCCUCUCUGGUAAUCACCAAAAGACAGGCUCAGACAUCUCAUCUGGGAGAGGUUUUGGGCACAACCUUGGUUUCAAAGGAAAGAGGGGGCUAAUGGGAGAUGAGAGAGGCAGUCUCUGCCUCCCUCUGAUUCCCUCUCCUUACCUAUCUCCAGGAGACAGGCGGCCUCUCAUUAUCAGAAAACAUUUUUUGAGUGCCUGCCUUCAGGGAGACACCAUGCUUUACUUUAGCACAGUGCCUCACAAUUUUCUGAAUUGACAGCAGCCCUCAGAAUCUGGAUGUGCUGUCCCCAUUGGAAAGUCCACAGUAACUCACAUGGUGACAUCAGCCUUACCCAUGUUAGGCUGCCAGGCCAAGGGAUGCUCCAAGACCUUCCCUAAAAUUCUUCCUCCCUCAAAGAAGGAGCCAGCUCCUUCAAGGGGCUGGUGUGGCUGCCAGCCAAGAGGCUUGGGGCAGGCCUGGGGCAUGCAGCUGGCACCUGCCCACCAGAUCCCCAAGGAACACCCUCCUCCCCCACUCCCACAGCCUCAUUCAGAUGGCCCCUGGGCUACAGUGCCACUUCUCCCCAUUCCCAGAAAAAACUUCAAACUGGACAGCCUCCCUUUCCAUUGUAACCUGCUCUUCCGCCCAGACUAGAUACAACAAUUCUUCCCGGAAGCACCAAAUGUUUAAUAUAGUAGGGGUUGAGCUGGGCCUAGGUACAGGAACUUGAGGAGUGAGGGUUGGGCUGGAAUUCUGGAAGUUGUUGAGGUCAAGAGAGGUAUGAGGGAGAACAACUUGAUGUGAGUGAAAUAGGAUGGGGGGACAUGAAGGGGAGGGCCUGGAUGAAUCUGCCUCUCUCAUCCAAUUAGCAACAUGCAAAUAAUAUGCAAAUGACACCCUCUUUGUCUAGAGACUACAAGGCCAGUGCUGUUUGGAAAUGGAUUGCAGAGGGACCUCCAGACAGUGUCUGAGAUCCUCACAUACGGGACACCCAGGCUCAAGAGAGAGGUCAGAGUGCAGCCAAUUGGUUCUUGCUUAUUCCCUGGAUUGGCUCACUUUUUGUGAGCCUCAGUUUCUCUAUGUGUGAAAUGGCAAGACUACUGGAUGAUCUCUAAGGCUUUUUUCCAAUAUCGACAGUCUGGGAUUCUACGACCUGGGCCCAGUGCCAGGGCAGAGUGGAGGGUUUGAGUCCAUUCUGGGUGGAAGCCAAGAUCUUUGGCUCUCUUACCCCUACUGCCCACCUCAGCAAUUCUGUCAUGCUACUCCCACAACCCCCCACACACCUGCCAUCCCAAACAUGGGAAGUUUCCUGAAAGCAGUGUUUUCUCCCAUCCAUGCUUUUACCUACAGUUUUCUCUGCUUGGUAUGCCCUUCCUGUUUCAGCCCCUAACCUGGCUAAGUCCUCCAACUCCGCCAGCCUUGCCUGCCUUACUUGUCCACUCCCCAGUUCUGGCAAGGUGCCUCCCUUCUGAGUGCCUCUACACACUGUUUACUUCUCUCUUGUCCCACUAGACCAUGAACUGGUUUUGUUCAAGAUGAAAUCUCCAGUAUAAAUGUAUUAGUUUCCCGAGGCUUCUGUAACAACCACAACCCUGGUGUCUUAAAACAACUGAAGUUUAUUCUCUCAGCACAGUGCCUCACAAUUUUCUGAAUUGACAGCAGCCCUCAAAAUCUGGAUGUGCUGUCCCAUUGGAGGGUCCACAGUAACUCACAUGGUGACCUCAGCCUUACUCAUGUUAGGCUGCCAAGCCAAGGAAUGCUCUGAGGAGGAGGCCAGAGGUUCCACAUGCAUUUCACAGUACCAAAAUCAAAGUGUUGUCAGGGCUAUGCUCUUUCUGGAGGUAUUAGAGGAGAAUCUGUUCCUUGUCUCUUUGAUCUUCUAGUGGCUACUAGCAUUCCUUUGCUUGUGCCACAUCACUGCAAUUUCUGCCUCUGUCUUCACAUCACCUUCUACUCUUUCAUACACGUAUAAUCUCUGUCUCUAUCUCUGUCUCUCUCUCAUAAGACACUUAUGUUGACAUUUAGGGCCCACCUGGAUAAUACAGAAUGAUCUCCUCAUCUCAAGAUUCUUAAUCAUAUCCUCAAAGAUGAACCCAUUUUCCAGAUAAGGUAACAUUCACAGAUUCUGGGGAUUAGGACAUGAACCUAGCUUUAGAAGCUGUCAGACUACCAAAAUAAGCAAAGACAUUUUAAAAUUUGCCAUUUAUUAAGUAUCAUGUGCCAGACACCUCAAAUAAGUUUUACAAUAACUGAGCCAGGUGAGGUGGCUCACACCUAUAAUCCCAGCACUUUGGCAGGCUGAGGCAGGUGGAUCGCCUGAGGUCAGGAAUUUGAGAACAGCCUGGCCAGCAUAGCAAAAACCCGCAUCUCCACUAAAAACACAAAAAAUUAGCUGGGCGUGGUGGCAGGUGCAUAUAAUCCCAGCUACUCAAGAGGCUAAGGCAGGAGAAUCACUUGAACUUGGGAGGUGGAGGUUGCAGUUAGCUGAGAUCAUGCCAUUGCACUCCAGCCUGGGCAACGAGAGCGAAACUCCAUCUCAAAAAAAAAAAAAAAAAAAAAAAAAAAGUUUUACAAUAACCCUGAGAUGUAGGUAUUUGUGCCUCUCUAUUCUGUAGACAAGGAAUCUGAGGCUCAGGAAGAUUGAGUCACCUGCCCAAAGUCACAUAGCUAGUAAAUGACAGAACUGGGAUUUGAAACUAGAUGAGCUUGGCUCCAAAGCCAACAUGCCUUUUGCCUCACCAACAGCCUCUGAGCCUACCCCAAGUCCUGGCACAGUUUUUUUUUGCCUGAAUGGAUGUGCCGAAAAAGAAAGGUGAAGAAAACGGAUGAUGAAAAUACCCUGCAUUUUUAGUGAUACUGACUCUAGCUUUCUUUUGCCAAAGCUCCCUUCCCACCCCUCUUAUUCUACCCCACCCACUCUGAUCCCUUGUUUCAGAAACCUGGAAUCCCCCCCCAGCUUGCAGCCCCCUGCCAACUACUGCUGCCCAGAAAGGUGGCACAGUGCCUGGACUUCAGGCAGGAUCUAUCAUAUCACAGAACCAGAGGGUGUCUGGAGGUCACCUCGUCUAGUCCUCUGUUCACAUCCAGCCCUGCCCAUGAGGACAGGGGCAGACAGGAUCAGGGUAGUGGGCACCAGAAGGAUGAAGUGCCCAUCUCUUCUUUCAGCUGCCCCUUCUCUUUUCUCACUUCUUACACAAUUUAUAUUGGAAGUCCUCACUCAGGUCUGAUUUGGCAGACAUCAUGCAUAAUGAGAAUUGGCCAGAAUCAGAAGUCCUAUGGUCAUAGGACUGACCCAGUCCUAGAUUCUCCAAAAAAUAAAAUGAGAUUUUUGGCUAAGUCCCUUCA